UGUGAUUCGCCAGCCAGAGCUUACAUCAAAGGUGUAUGCAAUUUCAAUGGCAAGCAUGGUUGCUUAAAAUGUUGUAUAGUUGGAGAGUAUUCACAUGUAUCUCAUACAGUGACUUUUCCUGAAACUAAUUGCCAUCCUAGAACAGACCAAGAAUUUCGUGAAAAAAAGUAUGGGCCUCAUCAUAAAACAGAUUCUCCGUUAUUGCGGCUUCCCGUAGAUAUGGUACAAGACUUCCCGGUAGCAGAUUCCCUACACCUUGUUGACUUGGGUAUAAUGAAGCGGUUACUUGUUGGUUGGCGCAAUGGCAAUUUUGGAAAGUACAUAACCAAAUGGAGUGCCAAAGAUACCGAAACGGUUUCCAAUUUUCUGAUCAAACACGAAUUACCAUCUGAAAUCCACAGGGCUGUGAGAGGACUGGACUGUCUUUCUCAUUGGAAAGCAUCUGAAUAUAGAUCUUUCUUGCUGUAUUUGAGUAUUGUUAUACUUCCAGACGUGUUAUCACAAAAUGCAUUUUCACAUUUUUUGACGUUUUUUUGCGGAAUAACAAUAUGUUCUAGUAGAAACUAUAGGCACUUACUGCCUUUGGCAAAAGAAUUGCUGCAGUAUUUUGUUCAACAUUAUAAAGAUUUUUACGGAGCAGAUUAUAUAACUAGUAAUGUUCACAAUCUAGUGCAUGUCACAGAUGAAGUUGAUAGAUUUGGCCCACUUCAUACAUUCAACGCUUAUCCUUUUGAGAACAAACUAUAUUUUAUUAAAAGGAUGCUUAGGCACGGUAACAGACCUCUUGCUCAAGUUGCAAAAAGAUUUAGUGAAGGUUCGGCAUCUGUAAAAAUAACUAGGAGCACAGAAAAUCAAGAACUCGGAAAUCGUGAACCUUUUAUAACUACUAAUAGUAGGAAAAAAACUGUCCUACAUUUCAAGGAUUAUAAAUUAUCAUCGAAAUCACAUGACAAAUAUUUUUUAUUGGCCAAUAAUAACGUUUUCGAGGUAAAGAAAGUUACUGUUGAUGAUAAUGAUAUACAAGUACAUGGCUAUUAUAUAACACACUUAAUGGAAGUUUUUGAGAACCCCGUGAAAUCAUCAUUUUUGAAUAUAUUCAAAGCUAAUUUACAAACUAACAGGAGGACCGACAUAAUUGUUCGUCCUCAAGAUGUAAAGAUUAAACUAGCAUGUGUAGAACACAAAAAUCAACUAUAUUUUAUUCCCCUUUUGCAUACAGUUUAAAAAGAAAUAAAAAA